CUUACUUGACAUAAUCAUAGAAACCAACUGAAAUAUCAAACAUGACUACUUUUGUUACAUAUUUUUCGAUUAUUUUUUCUGCUUUUACUUUCUUCCCCGCCUUGUCCACUUCCACCUUAUUGUUUCAGGGAUUCAACUGGGAGUCGAGCAAACAAGGAGGGUGGUACAAUUCGCUUAUCGAUGUUGUACCGGAAAUAGCCAGCUUUGGAGUUACUCAUAUUUGGCUGCCACCUCCCACUCACUCGGUUGAUUCUCAAGGAUAUCUGCCGGGAAGGCUGUACGACCUGGACGCAUCAAACUACGGCAACGGCGGCGAGCUCCGAAGCCUAAUCAAGGCGAUACACGACAUGGGCAUGAAGGCCGUGGCGGACAUCGUGAUCAACCACCGCACCGCCGAGAAGAAGGACGGGCGGGGGAUCUACAGCAUCUUCGAGGGGGGCACUCCCGACGACCGCCUCGACUGGGGCCCCUCCCUCAUCUGCCGCGACGACACACAGUACUCUGACGGCACCGGCAACCUGGACUCCGGAGCCCCCUACGACGCAGCCCCGGACAUCGACCAUCUCAACCCUCGUGUUCAGAAGGAGCUCUCCGAGUGGCUCAACUGGCUCAAGUCCGACGUCGGCUUCGACGGCUGGCGCUUCGACUUCGUGAAGGGCUUCGCCCCCUUCGUCACCAAGAUCUACAUGGACAACACGCGCCCGGACUUCGCCGUGGCGGAGCUCUGGAACGCACUCGCCUACGGGAAGAGCGGGAAGCUCGCCUAUGAUCAGGACGCCCACAGGAAGGAGCUGGCGGCGUGGGCGGAGGGCUGGGGCGGGAGGGUGGCUGCCGUGGACUUCACGACAAAGGGGAUCCUUCAGGCGGCGGUGGAGGGGGAGCAGUGGAGGUUGAAGGACGCGCAGGGAAAGCCGCCGGGGUUGAUAGGGAUUAGGCCGGAGAGCGCUGUGACGUUCAUCGACAACCACGACACUGGCUCCACGCAGAAACAUUGGCCUUUUCCGGCGGACAAGGUGUUGCAGGGCUAUGCUUAUAUCCUUACUCAUCCUGGGAUUCCAUCCCUGUUCUACGAUCAUUUGUUUGAUUGGGGGAAGAAUUGGAAGGAAGAGAUUAUAAAGCUGAGCAUAGUAAGGAAGAGGAAUGGCAUUGGUGCGGGGAGCAAAGUGACGAUUCUGGCUGCGGAGACUGAUCUUUACGUGGCGAAGAUUGAUGGUAAGAUCAUCACUAAAAUCGGGGCGAAGAAGGAUAUCGGAAACCUAAUUCCAGCGGGAUUCGAGGUUGCAGCUGCUGGAGUUGAUUAUGCUGUUUGGGAGAAGCAAGCUAAAUGUACAUGUGUGUGUGUCAACCUCCCACUCAAUUAAUUAAAUAUAUAUAUGUAAAACAUUAGAGUGACGAAUGAAAUAAAGGAUCUCGCUUUAACACUCAUCACUCCUCAAAUGAGAUCUUCAUUUUUCAAUU